GUUGCAAGUCACCUCUCCAUAUGUCCGUUUGCUGAAGCAAUAUAAAAAUCGACUGUCAUUCCCAUAACUGAAUCAAUCAAAUCCCAUAUUCCUAUUUCUUUUCACCCAUACUCUCCACCGUCUUUUGAUCCCAUUACCAAAUUGAAAUAAACAUCAUUAUCCUGAUCGUCCUCAUUGCUACGCCAUGGCAGCCUCCAUACGCCUCCGCCGUCUCGGCGCGGUCGCCGCCUUGGCCGGAGGCGCCUACUUCACCGUUCUCAGCACCCCGCCGGUCUCCUCCAGUGACCGUGGAACCCUCGGCCCCACCCUCGCCGGUGUGAAGCAGAAAAUUGCGGACCCUUUCGCCGUUAUACCAUCUCGCGCCGUCCAGGAGUCGGCUUUGAUCGGCUCCAGUGCGGCAAAUCCACUGGACGUCCUCGUCAUCGGCGGCGGGGCCACCGGCUGUGGAGUCGCGCUGGAUGCGUCCACGCGUGGGCUUCGGGUCGGGCUUGUGGAGCGAGAUGAUUUCUCGUCCGGCACUUCCUCGAGGUCCACUAAGCUCAUCCAUGGAGGAGUUCGCUAUUUGGAGAAAGCUUUUUUUAACUUGGAUUAUGGACAGUUAAAGCUAGUCUUCCAUGCCCUGGAGGAGAGAAAACAAGUUAUCGACAAUGCUCCCCAUCUCUGCCAUUCUCUGCCAUGUAUGACACCAUGUUUUAGCUGGUUUGAGGUGGUAUACUACUGGGCUGGUUUGAAGAUGUAUGAUCUCAUAGCUGGCCGGCGCUUGCUUCACUUGUCUAGAUACUAUUCCGCACAGGAGUCAGUUGAGCUUUUCCCCACUUUAACUAGAAAGGGCAAUGAUCGGAGCCUGAAAGGAACUGUUGUCUAUUAUGAUGGACAAAUGAAUGAUUCACGUCUGAAUGUUUCAUUAGCAUGUACCGCUGCUUUAGCAGGGGCUGCUGUACUUAACCAUGCUGAAGUUAUAUCCUUUCUAAGAGAUGAGGAUACUGGACGGAUUGUUGGUGCUCGGAUAAGAAAUCAUUUAUCAGGGAAGGAGUUUGACACGUAUGCAAAGGUUGUUGUAAAUGCUGCUGGACCAUUUUGUGAUUCUGUGAGGAAGAUGGCGGAUAAAGAAGCAAAGCCAAUGAUCUGUCCCAGCAGUGGUGUCCACAUUGUGCUUCCCGAUUACUAUUCCCCAGAUGGAAUGGGAUUGAUUGUUCCCAAAACUAAGGAUGGCCGUGUUGUCUUCAUGCUUCCAUGGUUAGGGAGAACGGUCGCUGGGACCACCGACUCAAACACCAGUAUUACAAUGCUACCCGAACCACACGAGGAUGAAAUUGAAUUCAUAUUAGAUGCCAUCUCAGAUUAUCUUAAUAUUAAGGUCCGGCGCAUGGAUGUUCUGUCGGCUUGGAGUGGCAUUCGACCAUUGGCUAUGGAUCCAAAUGCAAAAAGCACUGAGAGUAUCUCUCGAGAUCAUGUUUUAACUGAAGAUUUUCCCGGUUUAGUUACAAUUACUGGUGGAAAGUGGACUACAUACAGAAGUAUGGCAGAAGAUGCAGUUGACGCAGUUAUAAAGUCCGGGAAGUUGAGCCCUGCAAACAAAUGCAUGACAUACAACCUACAGCUCGUGGGUGCCGAUGGAUGGGACCCAUCGUCUUUUACUGUACUAGCACAGCAGUAUGUGCGCAUGAAGAAGUCGUAUGGAGGAAAGGUUGUUCCAGGUGUUAUGGACACUGCUGCAGCAAAGCAUUUAUCACAUGCUUAUGGCACUUUUGCCGAAAGAGUGGCUGCCAUUGCACAGAAUGAAAAUAUGGGGAAGAGACUAGCUCAUGGAUAUCCAAUUCUUGAAGCAGAGGUUGCGUACUGUGCUCGGAAUGAAUACUGUGAGUCAGUGGUGGACUUCAUUGCCAGAAGAUCCCGACUUGCUUUCCUUGACACAGAUGCCGCCAGGCGGGCAGUGCCUCGUAUCCUUGAGAUAUUGGCUGCCGAGCACAAGUGGGACAAGUCGAGGAAAAAGCUCGAACUCCAAAAGGCUCAACAAUUCCUCGAGACCUUCAAGUCAUCCAGAAAUGCUCAGUUCCAUGAUGGCAAACACAUCUAAUAUGUCAAUCAGUUUGUAGACAGAAAAGUGCUUAUAUUUUGGAGCAACAUUCGUACUCUUUUUGCCCCACUUUUUUGCUGAAUAAUAUUUUGUUGGUUUUCCCCUUAGAAAGAGGGGGUUUUUACAUAUUUGCUCAGACAACAAUAAUCAUCUGGUAUAUUAUUGCAGAUUUGUUGUUGCAACAUAAUACUACUAGUAUAAAUUUAUAUCCCCAAUUGAAUUUCAUGUUGGCAUAGUCCCAAUUCAACAAUGUCUCUUGAGGACAAAAUAUUAUGCACUACUUGGUGAAUUUUUUAAUAGCUCA